UUGAAGGACUACGUGACGCGAAUGAAAGAUGGUCAAAACGAAAUCUUUUACAUCACGGGUGAGAGCAAGAAGGCCGUAGAGAAUUCCCCAUUCCUCGAGAAGUUGAAAAAGAAGGGAUACGAAGUCCUCUAUAUGGUGGACGCGAUUGACGAGUAUUCCGUGGGCCAGUUGAAGGAAUUCGAAGGAAAGAAGCUCGUUUCCGCCACCAAAGAAGGUCUAAAGCUUGAAGAAACCGAAGACGAGAAGAGGAAGCAAGAAUCUUUGAAGGAGAAAUUUGAGGGUCUGUGCAAGGUGAUCAAGGAUGUGUUGGGCGACAAGGUGGAGAAGGUGGUCGUAUCGGACCGCGUAGUCGACUCUCCGUGCUGUCUGGUGACGGGGGAGUACGGAUGGACGGCGAACAUGGAGCGAAUCAUGAAAGCGCAGGCUUUACGUGACGCAAGCAUGGCGGGGUACAUGUCGAGCAAAAAGACGAUGGAAAUAAACCCAGAGAACGCAAUCAUGGAGGAGUUGAGGAAGAGAGCGGAUGCGGAUAAGAACGACAAGUCGGUGAAGGAUUUGGUGCUGUUGCUGUUUGAGACGGCACUGUUGACAUCUGGGUUCAGUCUUGAUGAACCAAACACAUUUGGAAACAGGAUUCAUAGGAUGUUGAAACUUGGGUUGAGCAUUGAUGAUGAUGAAGCAGGUGAAGGUGAUGCUGAUAUUCCUGCUCUUGAAGAAGCAGAUGUUGAUGCUGAAGGCAGCAAGAUGGAGGAAGUCGACUAAAAAAUCUAUUGUUUUUGAAGGUUUAUUAUUUGGUGCUUUUUGAAAUAGUUUGGCAAACUGCUGUUUUUGUAUCGUUUGUCUGUUGGGAAUACACGUAUUUCAGUUUUUUACCGGGUGGCUUCUUUUAACACACACCGACACUUGUUCAACUUAACGAGUUGAGUUCUAUAAUGUUUGACUCGCUCG